AUGGACAGCGGCACCACGUUCAACUACCUGCCCACCCUGGCGUUUGAGGCGCUGGUGGUGAUGCUGGAGGGCCUGCUCAUGGAGAAAGGGCUCAACUACAAGACACUGAACCCCGAUUCGGAGAGCCCAGACAUCUGCUGGGACCUCCCCACGCUGGGAUCCACCCCGGCCGACGCCUGGGCCGCCGCGGCCGAGGCGUUCCCCACCCUGCGCCUGCGAUUUGACGGCGCGGCGCUGCUGCUGCCCGCGCAGCGGUACCUUUUUGCGGACGGCGGCGACCGCGGCGGCGGCCGCAGGCGAUUCUGCCUCGGGUUCUUCGACAACGCGCGGGCGCCCUCCUGA